AUGCCUCUUCGAUUAGACAUUAAGAGAAAGCUCUCUGCUCGUUCAGACCGAGUAAAAUGUGUGGAUCUUCAUCCGUCAGAGCCUUGGAUGCUGGCUAGCUUGUACAAUGGAAAUGUACACAUCUGGAAUCUUGAAUCACAGCAACUCAUCAAGUCCUUUGAGGUUUGUGACCUUCCAGUGAGAGCUGCUCGCUUUGUGUCCCGCAAAAACUGGAUUAUCACCGGCUCAGACGAUAUGCAGAUUCGUGUGUUCAACUACAACACACUUGAAAGAGUGUUCCAGUUUGAAGCUCAUUCUGACUAUGUCCGUUCCAUUGCCGUUCAUCCCACACAGCCGUACAUACUCACCAGCAGUGAUGACAUGCUUAUCAAAUUGUGGGAUUGGGAAAAGAAAUGGGCAUGCACCCAAGUUUUUGAAGGCCACACCCACUACGUCAUGCAAAUUGUGAUCAACCCUAAGGAUAACAACACCUUUGCCAGUGGCUCUCUUGACAGAACUGUAAAGGUAUGGCAGCUUGGUUCACCUACUCCAAAUUUUACAUUGGAAGGACAUGAGAAGGGAGUUAAUUGUGUGGAUUAUUAUUCUGGUGGUGAUAAGCCCUACCUGAUUUCUGGAGCUGAUGAUAGAUUAGCGAAGAUUUGGGAUUAUCAGAACAAGACGUGCGUUCAAACAUUAGAAGGGCAUGCCCAGAAUCUGUCGGCUGUAGCCUUUCACCCAGAGCUUCCAAUCAUCAUGACUGGAUCUGAAGAUGGUACCGUCAGAAUCUGGCAUGCCAACACUUACCGUUUGGAAAGCACUCUGAACUAUGGUCUGGAGCGUGUGUGGACUAUCUCUUGCCAGAAAGGCUCCAACAAUGUGGCACUUGGUUACGAUGAAGGCAGCAUCAUUAUAAAGCUCGGCCGUGAAGAACCAGCAAUGUCAAUGGAUGUGAAUGGCAAAAUUAUAUGGGCCAAACAUUCUGAAAUCCAGCAGGCAAAUAUCAAGGCUAUUGGAGACCAAGAAAUUAGAGACGGUGAAAGGUUACCAUUGGCCGUUAAGGACAUGGGCAGCUGUGAAGUGUAUCCUCAGACCAUCCAGCAUAACCCAAAUGGCAGAUUUGUUGUUGUUUGUGGAGAUGGAGAAUAUAUCAUUUACACUGCUAUGGCACUGAGAAACAAAAGUUUUGGUUCUGCCCAAGAAUUUGUUUGGAGCAAUGAUUCAGCUGUGUAUGCCAUUCGUGAAAGCAACAGCCUGGUGAAAAUCUCUAAGAACUUCAAGGAACAGAAAUCAUUCAAACCAGAUUUUGGAGCUGAAGGUAUUUAUGGAGGUCACCUUCUUGGUGUGCGAUCUGUAAGUGGUCUUGCCUUUUAUGAAUGGGAAACUACAGAUCUCAUCCGAAGGAUUGAAAUUACUCCAAAACAUAUUUACUGGAGUGACAAUGGUGAAUUAGUGUGUAUCUCUACUGAGGAAUCCUUUUUCAUUCUGAAAUAUUUUGCCGACGCUUUUGAGAAAGCCAGGGAAACGAAAGAGGGCGUCACUGAAGAUGGAAUUGAAGAAGCAUUUGAAGUUGUAGGUGAGAUUGAGGAAAGUGUCCGCACUGGACUUUGGGUUGGUGACUGCUUUAUCUAUACUAACAGUGUAAACCGACUUAAUUACUACGUGGGAGGAGAGAUUGUUACCAUUGCCCAUCUUGAUAGAGUGAUGUACUUGCUUGGUUAUAUUCCCAAGGACAACCGAUUGUACCUCGGGGACAAAGAGCUCAAUGUGGUUAGUUACUCACUGUUGCUUUCAGUAUUGGAGUACCAGACAGUUGUGAUGCGACGAGAUUUUGAAACAGCAGACAAGGUCUUGCCGACCAUUCCUCGGGAACAACGGACUAGAGUUGCACACUUUCUUGAAAAACAGGGUUUCAAAUCUCAAGCACUUGCCGUAACUUGUGAUCCUGAACAUAAAUUUGAGUUGGCCCUGCAGUUGGGUGAUUUACGAGUUGCUUACCAGCUUGCAAAGGAAGCUGAGAAAUGGAAAUUAUUGGCUGAAUUAGCUAUCAGCAAGUGUGAAUUUGGCCUUGCUCAGGAGUGCCUCCAUCAGGCCCAGGAUUUUGGAGGUUUACUCUUGUUGGCCACAUCUGCUGGCAACACUGAAAUGGUACUGCGUCUUGGACAGACAGCUGAAAAGACUGGACAGAAUAAUGUUGCCUUUCUUUCUUAUUUCUCUCUUGGAAAAUUAGACGAGUGCCUAGAAGUUUUGAUCAAUACUGGGCGUCUACCAGAGGCUGCUUUUUUUGCUCGUACAUAUUUACCUAGCCAAAUUUCCAGAGUUGUAAAACUUUGGCGUGAAAUGUUGUCCAAGAUCAACAAGCGUGCUGCUGAUUCUUUAGCAGAUCCUACAGAAUAUGAAAAUUUGUUCCCGGGAUUGAGAGACACAUUCAAGACUGAACAAUUCCUGAAGCCUCAAUAUACUCAAUCACUCCCAGCUAGUAGCUAUGCAAAAAUACCUAUGAAUACUGAGCGUAAUCCCAUUGAGGAGAUGUUAAAAGCCGAAAGUGAAGGUACCUUUGUUUACAGGCAGGCAUCUGAAGAUGGUGAUGAAUAUGAGGAUGCUACCACAACCCUUAAGGAUGAGGUAUUGACAGAAUCCCCCCAACUCCCACCUAUUUCAACUAUUGAUACACUUCCAAGUGAGGAACCACUGGCACCAUCACAGCCCUCUCUCCCUGUAGAUCCCACCCCUGCAGUGCCACAGGCUGCUGUACAAUUGCAGCCUGUCAGUCCAGAACCCUUACAACCCACAGACCCCUUGGUGUCUACUCAUCCAGCUGAGGAUAAAUCUACUUCACUUGAGGCUCCCCAACCUGAAUAUUCUGAUGCAGACCUUCUUAGAGGGUCUUCUGUAGAAAAGUUGUCAAAGAAAGAGUCCGUUGUUCCUGAUUCAAUAGCUGAAGAAGAAAAGAAAGAUUCCUCAAAGGAAGUAUCUGCAGAACCAGUGUUAUCAAAGCAGGCAGUUUCUGAUCUUGAAAAGGAAUUGGAACUCGAUUUAGAAAACCUUAUCCUCGACAAUGUUGAUACUGCAGACUUAGAUUUGGAGGCUGAGGAUUCCUCUUCAAAGCUUGUUGAAAUGAUGGACAGUCUCAAGAGUUCAGUCAAAAUGUUGGAUGUUCCUAACAGCUCAGGCAUCAUGACACGCCAAGAUAUCUUAGCAUCAGCAGGAGUUGCUCCUCUCCAAACAGUUGCACCACCUUCCUCACCUGUCCCUGAACCCUCUACUGAUGUCAUUCAACCUGUUGAGGACUUAGAAUGGAGCCCUGAUGAAGAAGAAAACUUAAAAAAUGAUGUUUGGGAGGUGGAGCGUUCAGAAAUAAAGAAAGCUGAGGAGGCACGUGAGGAGGUGACAAAAAAUGUUGACAAUGUGUCCAAAAUUAAUCUUUCUGCUGUUGCUGAGGAUCUUGUGCAGGAAACUGAUGAUGAGCUUGUGGGGACACAGCCUCCUUCUCUCAGCACGACUCUCUCUCCGUGCCCGUUGCCUCCCCCCCUACUCCGUGCCCGCCUCCCCCCUCCCCCCCCCUCUACUCCCUGUGCCCCCCUCUGUGCCCCCCCCUUCUCCGUGCCCGUCGCCUUUCUACCCCUCCCCCUUCUCCGUGCCCGUCACCUUUCUCCCCACCCUUCUCCCCCUUCUCCGUGCCCGUCGCCUUACCCCCAAUCUCCGUGCACAUGGCCUUCCCCCCCUUCUCCUUGCCCAUCUCCCCUCGCCCCAUCACCUCUCUCUGUCAAAAUAUUUUUUGUUUUCUCUAAUUUUAAUUUCUUUUUCUAUCUUAAUAUUUUCUCUCCUCUCUUUUUUCCUCCUCUCUCUCUCUCUUUUUUCCUCCUCCUCCUGUCCCCCCCUUUUUUUCUACCAUCUUCCCUCUCCUUUUUCCUCAUCCUCCUCUCCCUCUUUUCCUCACCCUCUUCCCUCACCUCCUCAUCCUUUUGCCUCAUCCUCCUCUCCCUCUUUUCUCAUCCUCCCUCCCUUUUUCCUCCUCUCCCUCUUUUUCCUCAUCCUCCUCUCCCUCUUUUUCCUCAUUCUCCUCUCCCUCUUUUUCCUCAUCCUCCUCUCCCUCUUUUUCCUCAUCCUCCUCUCCCUCUUUUCCUCAUCCUUCUCCCUCUUUUCCUCAUCCUCCCCUCUCUUUUUCCUCUCCCUCUCUUUUCCCUCAUCCUCCUCUCCCUCUUUUUCCUCAUCCUCCUCUCCCUCUUUUUUCUUUCUCCUCUCCCUCUCCGGAUACUAGUUUCUUCAUCCCUGUCUCUCUCACACUUUCUCUUUCUGUCUCUCUCUCUCUUCAUCCCUCUCUUUUGUUCUCUUUGUCUCUCCUUAAUGAAAAAAAAAUCUCUCUCUUUUUAUGCUCCCGAUAUCCUCUGGCCAAGAAAUGUUAACUGGAACUCUUUAUUUGAUAUUUUCAGUCUCUAUCCUUCAGAAUUUCUUUCUUUUUAA